ACGAUGCAGCCAGCGUCCCACAUCUCAGACGCCAGAAGAGAGACUGGGUUGUCCCAACGAAGAUGCUUAAAGAGAAUUAUAAUUACAAUACAAGGGAGCCUAUUGCCAGGAUCAGGUCAGACUGGGACACAGAGCAGACCCUGCACUACACUCUGCUGGGUCCUGGGGCCAGUAAAGAACCAGUGAACCUGUUUGUUGUGGCUGAGGACACUGGACUUGUGUAUGUCCGAGGAACACUGGACCGAGAGGAGAGGGAAACCUACAUUCUGACAGGAGUGGCUAGAUUUAAUAACGGCACUGUGGCUGAAGACAGAAUAGACCUGAGAUUUGAUGUGGAGGAUGAGAAUGAUAAUCCACCUGUUUUUGUCCCUGUACCUCCAGCUACAGUUAAAGAGGCCAGUCCAGCAGGGACUCUGGUUGGUAGGAUUACAGCUACGGAUGCAGACAAGGCCAACUGUUCCCAUUCAAAGAUUGCCUACAGCCUUGUGAAGCAGGAGCCCUCUGAUGGCCGAAACGUCUUCUACAUAGACAGAGAAACUGGAUCCAUCUACGUCAAAGAAAACACCAUAGACAGAGAGACGCAAAGCUCCUACACUUUAACAGUUGAAGGAACUGAUCUGGACGGCGCUCCUGGAGGCAACACAGGCACUGGGACAAUUCAUGUCAAAGUAGUGGACAUCAAUGAUAAUGUACCCGAGCUGGAAAAAGACGAGUAUGCAGGCAGCAUCGUGGAGAACACAGCCCAAGUGGAGGUCAUGAGAUUCAAAGUGCUGGAUGAUGAUGAGGAGAAAACUGACAACUGGCUGGCUGUUUUUGAUAUUGUCACUGGAAAUGAAGAUGGAAUAUUCAGCAUAGAGACUGAUCCCAAAACCAACGAAGGUGUUCUGAUGCUUGAAAAGCCUGUUGAUUUUGAGGAAAAUCCUGAUAUAAAGCUCGGAGUGGUAGUAUCCAAUGUUGCCCCAGCUAUAGGAGAUGGAGACGAUGAUGGCGAUGGUCAAGGAGGAGGAGGAGGAAGAGGAGGAGGAGGAGGAGGAGGUGGCGGAGCAGGAGUAGGUGUAGGUGGAGGUGGCGGAGCAGGAGGAGGAGGAGCAGGGACUGGGGCAGGAGCUGGUAGCACAGUUACAAACCAGUCCAAUAAAAAGAGGCCAAUCAAAGGCAAACUUUACCCAGUGAACAUUGCAGUGGUGAAUGAACCUGAGGGGGUCGCAUUUAAACCCCGAGUAAAGCCUGUCUCUGUUUCGGAGAACCCAGAGGAAAAUCCAUUAAUGGAAGUGAUCACUGUCUUCGCAGCUACUGACAGUGACACCGGAAAGCCUGCAGAAAAUGUUCGAUAUGCUAAAGGCUAUGAUCCUGACAACUGGCUAUUGAUUGACCCAGAAACAGCAGAGAUUAGACUUCAAAAGUUCCCCGACAGAGAGUCCCCAUUCUUGGUUAAUGGAACUUACUACGCUAAAAUACUGAGUCUGACUCAGGAUGUGCCCACUAAGAUCGUCACUGGAACAAUAGCAUUGCAGGUGGGAGAUGUAAAUGACAACUGCCCCACACUGACCAACCACGUGGAGUACAUCUGCUCAGACACUGAGGUGAUUAAUGUUACGGCAGUGGAUGAAGAUGGACAUCCAAAUUCAGCCCCUUUCACCUUCCUCCUUGUGGAAGAGGAGAGCCGGGAAGAGUGGAGGGUUGAACCUUUAAAUGGUACCAGUGCAUCCCUCAGGGCUUUGAAACCUCUUUGGGCUGGUCACUACCAGGUCGCCUUCAUCAUCCAGGACCAGCAGGGCCUCGCCUGCCCAGACCCUCAGUACCUGGACCUAUAUGUGUGCUCCUGUGAGAAAGGAGAGACCUGCAAACCAGCAGGAAUAGAUGGUCAAACAGCAACUCACAAGGAAUCCUCAUCAACAUUUGGAGGACUGGGAGUGGGGGCACUGAUCCUGGGACUUCUGAUGCUGCUUGCCGUAGGUUUAUUACUAAUGACCUGCUCAUGUAGAGGAGUGUCGGGGAGCUUCUCUGAACUUCCUUUUGAAACCCGAGAACACUUGAUGGUCUAUCAUACGGAGGGCCGAGGCGAGAACAAGGAGAUCCCUCUGCUUAGCUCUCCAGUCCAGAUGACAUCUGCUGCUGUAUCUAAUGUACGGGCCAGCAGAGUGGCUUCCAACACCAAAGCAAACACAGCAACUUCCUUUGGGACUCUUGAGAUGGGCAUUGCCAACAAAAUGUACAAGUCUGGUACUACUCUCAGGUGA